AUGGGGUGUGCAUUCUCAAUAAAAGAUCUUGGGCAUCUACAUUAUUUUCUUGGAGUUGAAGCACAGUUUACACCUCAAGGACUCUUUCUUUCUCAACGCCAGUAUAUGCAAGAUCUUCUCAAGCAAAGCAACAUGGUUGAUGUCAAGCCCCUUCCUUCGCCUUUAGCUGUUGGCGAAAAGUUAUCUAAAUUUGAUGGCACGCCGCUACUUGAUCCUACUCCAUAUCGCCAAAUUGUUGGUGCUCUCCAGUAUGCUACCCUUAGCAGACCCGAUCUUGCUUAUGCUACCAACAAGGUCUGUCAGUUUAUGCAAGCUCCUACCACUGUUCAUUGGGCUGCCGUCAAACACAUACUUCGCUACAUUAAGCACACUCUUCAUCUUGGGUUUCUUAUUCGGCCGUCUUCGCACCUUUCUCUUACAGCAUAUUCUGAUACCGAUUGGGCUGGCAAUCCUGAUGAUCGAAGAUCUACUACCGGCUUUGCCAUCUUUCUUGGAGAUUCCUUGGUUUCGUGGUCUGCAAAGAAGCAAAAUACUGUUGCUCGCUCCAGUACUGAGGCAGAAUAUAGGGCAUUGGCCUCCACUGCCGCCGAAGUUCUCUCCAUAUAA